GGGGUUACGUCAUAACAGUUUAAUUUCCCAUUACUUGAUAUUUGUAUUGCUUCUGGGUGGACAGUCAAGACUUCUUAACUUGUAGCUGGGAAUGGGCGGGGUAAUAAAUCCAGUUCAGUAAAAUAGUGCUGUCUGAUCCUAUAUAUCUGUUUUUAUUUACUUCAAAUAUCUGCCAUAUUUACUUUAAAAUAACUCAGGGUGUAAGAUGACCCAUGCAACCUAUACUUCCAACCCCCCCUCCUUUUUUUUUUGCUGGAUGUUGUAUGCAAAUGUAUGAUGACCCCUCUUCUUUUUGAUUAUAUGGAUGGAAACAACCCAGUCUGUCUUUGGAGUAAAUACAGUAUACCUUGGCUUUCGAACCAAUGAUCUUCAAGGCGCUUUUUUUGGCGGAUGCAUUUGUGCUAGCUCAGCUGCUUUCUGAACAAAUGUCAAAUGCAUGGAUUGCCCUCUUUCUCCAUACGGCCACACCCAUGUUUUUGUGGCGCAGGGAAUAAACAUGUUUGCUUGCCCGAGUUCAAGGUGGAUAACAGAUAACUCCAUUAGCCAUGGAAGCUGAAGAGACGAUGGAAUGCAUCCAGGAAUUUCCAGAGCAUUAUAAAGUAAUUUUGGAUAGACUGAAUGAACAGCGAGAGCAGGAUCAGUUUACGGACAUCACUCUGAUUGUCGAUGGUCACCAGUUUAAAGCUCAUAAAGCUGUUCUUGCUGCCUGUAGCCAGUUUUUCCACAAAUUCUUCCAAGACUUCACUCAGGAGCCUCUAGUAGAGAUAGAAGGUGUGAGUAACAUGGCAUUUCGCCACUUAAUUGAGUUCACCUAUACUGCCAAGCUAAUUGUCCAAGGUGAAGAAGAAGUGAAUGAUGUCUGGAAGGCAGCUGAAUACCUUCAGAUGUUAGAAGCCAUUAAAGCACUUGAAAUCAGGAACAAGGAAAAUUCAUUGCCACUUGAAUCCAAUCAGGCACAAGAUACCAGUAAAGCUAAAAAGAGGAAGAUAGCGGAGACCUCCAACGUUAUCACAGAAACUUUACCCUGUGCAGAAUCCGAGCCUGUGGAAAUCGAGGUGGAGAUUGCAGAAGGGGUUAUCGAUGUGGAAGAGAACAACAUAGAAGCACUAGAGGAGGUCGCAUCUGCUGAACAAUCCAUCAAGUACAUUCAGACCACGGGUACUUCGGAUGAGUCAGCAUUGGCCCUUCUGGCAGAUAUCACCAGCAAGUUUCGCCACGGGGAGAGAAAAACUCAGGACCAGGAGGAGUGUGACAGUGUGGCUGACCCGAUGGGCAAGCAGGUGGAAGGCAUCGAGAUCAUGGAGCUCCAGCUGUCUCACGUUAACAACCUGUUCCACUGUGAAAACUGCAACCGCUCGUUUAAGUUGUUCUACCAUUUUAAGGAGCACAUGAAAACCCACUCCACGGAGAGCUACAAGUGCGACCUGUGCAACAAAAGGUACCUCCGAGAGAGUGCAUUGAAGCAGCACCUUACCUGUUAUCACCUUGACGAAGGUGGUGCCAACAAGAAACAGAAACCGGGCAAAAAAAUCCACGUCUGCCAGUACUGUGAUAAACAAUUUGACCACUUUGGCCAUUUUAAAGAACAUCUGCGGAAACACACAGGUGAAAAGCCAUUUGAGUGUCCAAACUGCCACGAACGUUUUGCUCGGAACAGCACGCUCAAGUGUCACUUGACGGCGUGCCAAUCUGGUGCUGGUGCUAAAAAGGGGCGGAAAAAGCUUUAUGAAUGUCAGGUGUGUAACAGUGUCUUUAACAGCUGGGACCAAUUUAAAGAUCACUUGGUAAUACACACAGGCGACAAACCCAACCACUGUACCCUGUGCGAUGUCUGGUUCAUGCAAGGCAGCGAACUUAGGAGGCACCUGCAGGAAAUCCACCACAUUUCUGAACGGAUAGUGACCGAAGACAUUCUUCCGGUGGACAGCGAUCCAGUGGCCUCGAUGACCAUCAUUGAGCAGGUGGAACAAGUCCACGUUCUUCCCCUGAUUCAGGUCCAGGUGGAUCCAGCACAAGUGACAGUCGAGCAGGUGCACCCGGACUUGAUACAGAAUAAUCAAGUGAAAAGCGAACACAUAGCUGAACUGCAAGAACAGGUAGAGAUCAGCUACUUGGAAGUGGAACACAUUCAGACUGAGCCAGGGACAGAAGUGCACAUGGAGGAGCUGGACGUCGAGCAUGUAAAUCAGUUGCAGAUGGAGGAGGUGCAGGCGCAGCUCAUAGAGGAAGUGGCUCUUGGGCCAGUAGAAUCGGAUCAAGGAGGACUGGAAGCUGGCACACCUGUGCAAGUGGAGGAGAUGGUGGCACCAGCCGCUGAUCAUGGAGAAUCCGAUGAUUUAAAAACUCAGCCAGCAGUGGACAUACAGGAGGAAAAGGUGGAAAGCUAGGACAACAUAGACUGUGUUAUUUGUGCUCUGAAACAUGUCAUACCAAAUCAUUCCCUUUUUUUGUUUGCUCUUUUUCUUGUUUGACUUUUGCACCACCAAUGGGAAUGGCUGUCCUGUGUUAACGCCCUUCAGGAACUGGACAGGCCGACCAAAGUUAGGAUGUUUGGUUAAAUUGCUGUUCUUGUAUUUUCAUUUUUUUUUGUUUUUAAACCCUCUUUUAUAAAAAACAAAAUACCAUGGAGCAAUGUAUUUUCUAAACACAGACAGCUUUGUGUGAAGUUUAAUGAUAGAGUUUUGUUAAAUUGUACCAUUAGGUUUGGCUGUUGUCUCUGCCAGGCUUUUGAAGCAAGGUUUUUUUUUGUCCUUUUAGAAAUUCGAGUUUAGUGUUAACAUUAUGAGGUUUCAGCAUUCGUGGAGAUUAGCGGAAGACGGCUGAGCAUUCUUGUUAGAAAGUGUGGCUAUUUUCUUUCUUUUCCCCAUUAAUAUUUUGCAGUUGCUGCAAUCUUUGUCUUAUUUGCGUUCUUAAACAUAGCCACUAUGUUGGAAGCCUAGAAUUUGGAACGUGCAAAGGAUUGGGGCUUAAAAAAAAGCAAAACAGAACACACACAAACCCCCUUGUGCCUUUUCACAACUAAGAAAUUAAACUUCCACAAAGCUUUGAAGGUAUUUACAGUAUGUAGAUAUUGCUGUACAAUGCUUUGUAAUCUUGCUUGCAGUUGUCAGCUAACGGGUUUUUUUACAUCAAAUAAAUGUAGAUAGAAGAGAAGAAAUGGGUUCAUCACUGGCAAAGUUUGGGGGGGGGGGCAUUCAUAAUUGGAGAAAUUCAGCUGAAUCUGUUUCAAGUUAUGAGCUAGCUGAAAGGUUGCACUGGGAUCUCCAGAUUUUUAUUUUUUAAGUGGGGGAAGGUACAUUUUAUAUUUAAAGAAAUGUUUUUUUAAAAAAAUACAGUGUGUCUACACAAUGCAUCAGGCUACUGUUUUAUUAUUUAAACUUUUUUUUGACCCUUUACAGAAAGCUCUUGUACCUGGAAAAAAAGGGGGGGGAGGGGAGAGAUCAACUUAAAAGCCAUAGGUAUGAAUGGUUUUAAACUGUGGAUUUAUAAAAAAUAGGAGUGUAGAUAUUUUAAUCAGUAUUAUUAAACAAUAAAACAGUACCAACCACAUGUCGUCA